AUGAUCGAACAAGAACAAAGCAAGACACCAGAAUUGAUUGCCGAACGAAAGAGAACUAGUCUGAUUGCAUCACUUGUUAAUUCUUUGCAGCAAGAUGAGAAGAGUGAAGCGGCUAAAUCAGACGAUAAACAGAAAGGACUAUCUCGUAAUGAAGUACUCCAGGAAAUGCUCAUGUUUCUUGUGGCUGGUUACGAAACAACAUCGACUGCACUCACAUGGUUCGUUCAUCUUGUAAGUAAAAAUCCUCGUGUUCAAGCAAAAAUCAAAGCUGAGCUAGGUGACAAUAAAUCUCAACGUCUGUCUAUUGAACAGCUCGACUCUCUUGAGUAUUUAAAUUGUGUUAUUGAUGAGACAUUGCGUUUUGCUCCACCUGGAAGUUACACAGUUCGCAAUGUAACUAUCGAUGAUCGACUACCAGGAAGUGGAACCCAAUUAUAUAAAGGUGAUGAAGUUAUGAUUAAUAUUUAUAAUUUAACUCGAGAUAAACGCUAUUGGAAAAUCGAUCCAGAUCUAUUCUAUCCAGAACGAUUUCAAGGUGUAGAUAAAGAUCAUCAUCCGUAUGCAUUGAUUCCAUUCGGUGGUGGUCAUCGACAAUGUGUUGGACAAGAUUUAGCUCGAUUAGAAUUGAAAGCAAUCACAACUAGACUUAUGCAACAUGUAACUUUCGGUGAUGGUGGUCAAGAAGUCAAUGCAGGUGGACACAAACGGGAAUUUACGCUCCAUCCAAAGAAUGUUGGCGUCACUAUUACAUUCGACUAA